AUGAUUAGUAUAUUUUUGUGUGUUGGUCUUGUUAUUUCAUAUCUUCCUCAGCAUUAUAGAAUCAUUGCCAACAAGACAAGUGAAGGAUUCAGUGCUUGGUUCUUGUUGCUGGGUGUUGUUUCAUCUACCUCUAGCUUCCUCAACAUUAUUCUCUUGCAAUGGGACUCGAUCGUAUGCUGUAAAUCACUGUCAACAGGCGCAUGCAUUGAAGGGUUGAUGGGUAUUGUGCAAAUUGGAUUACAAUGGGCCAUGUUUAGCUUGGUGUUCAUUUUAUUUUUGCUAUAUUUCCCAGAAAACAAGAAACGUCAACUCCAUGCUCCUACCUCUCUACAUUUGGAUCUACCCAACAAGAUGCAGGCUCCUCUAUCUGCUGAAUGGAAGGUGUCUUUGGUAGUCGCCGCUACUUGUAUAGGCCAUUUAGCCAUCUCCUUUUUCAUUUCUAUUUUACUCUUGAUCAUUGUGGGUGGACCUGAACAUUGGCAAACCAAUUAUUGGGCUGCAUUUCUGGGUAUUCUUAGUAUGCUUUUAGCAUCACUUCAAUAUCUGCCACAAAUUUACAAGACAUGGAAGAGCAAGAUGGUCGGUGCUCUCAGUAUACCCAUGAUGAUGCUACAAACGCCAGGCACUGUCUUGUUUGUGUAUUCAUUGGUGGUUCGUCCUGGUACAAAUUGGACAGCAUGGCUCACCUAUAUGGUCACAGGCAUCUUACAAGGAACACUGCUGAUCAUGUGUAUUGCAUGGCAUUUCAGAAACAAGAGACUUGGUAUUCGUGAUAUUGAUACGACGACUGCUCCUAUCGUUGGAGAUGAACAGGACGAGCCAAAUGAGAACACUCGUCUCCUGAAUUAG